AUGCUCUCCUCAUUAUUUUCUUUGGGGAGGAAUAAGAAACCAAAAACCAGUGGUUCCAAAGAUCAAAGUAAAAAGAGUUCAUUCAUCUCUUCUUUUGGCAGCGCAGCUGAUGAUCAUGAGGAAGAGGUUUGGAUGGAAUGUACGGAUAAAACCAUGAUCAAGUUGAGCCAACUUCUCGGAAACAAAGAUCUUGCUGAUGCUGUUCUGGUGGUUGAUUCUGGAAAGAAAUAUCCCGUUGUUCGAGCUUUGAUUGCUAAUUGGAGCUCAGUAUUAAAGGAUCAAUUAUAUGGAUCUGAUUUCACUCCGGGUUCUGAAGUGAAGGUAGAAACCAAUGAAAUUGCCAUGGAUCUCUUCUUGAGCGUUGUUCAUCGUGGAGACACUGCCAACCAUUCGAUCGAUAACUUUGUUGAUCUGUACGCUUUUGCAAAUCGAUAUGGUGUCAAAGAUUUGGAAGAGUUAACGCUAACCACAAUGAAGGAGACUGAUAUUGAUGCAGAGCAUUGUUUUCUCUUGUUGGACAAGUGUGAAAAAUAUGUCAAUAAGUUCACUGAAAUUAGUGGCCUCAAAAAUACUCUGUUGACCAAGAUUGCUGCAGAAUUCGACGACUUUAGUGAAGCAAAGCAAUUUGUGUUAUUGUCAAUUGAUGAUAUUAGAUUGUUGGUGAGAGGAAAACAAUUAAUUUGUAGCGAAGGAUCACUUUUAAAAGCCAUUAUCAAGUGGAUUGAACAUUCAAAGGAAACCAGAAUGCAGUAUUUAGAUGAAUUGCUCAAUGAGAUAAGAUUCCCUCUUGUUGACGAUGAUAUUCUCUCAACUAUUGACUCGCAUCCAUUGUUGGUACAUAAGAGACAAGAAUUAUUCCCAAUCAUUUAUGAUGCAAUGAAGUUUAAAUUGAAUCCAGAAGCAAGUCACCUUGUCAAGGAUUACAGAUACCAAGAAAGAGAAUGCGUUUUAGAGAGCUACAUUCCCAAAGGAUUCGAUAUCACAUUUACGACUUUGGGUACAAAAGGAAGAACUGGCCCAACCACAAUUGGUACUCACUAUGACCACUGCAAAUUCUUGAAAGAUAAGGUGAAACUAGUCGGAGGAAAGCAAGAAUGGGCAAUUCCAAUCACCGGCUAUUAUAAAAUAAUUGCAGCUGGUGCGAGAGGAGGAAAAAACACUUAUUCUGGAUCACAGAGAGAGGGAUAUGGUGCAAGAGUGAGCGGUAUCUUCCAUUUCAGAAGAGGAACUGUGCUGACCAUUUUGGUAGGUCAAGUCGGUGAUGAUUGUCAAAAUGGUAGCUCAUGUGGUGCUGGUGGUGGUGGAGGAGGAACUUUUGUUGUUGUAGAUGGUGAACCUAUCAUUGUUGCUGCAGGUGGAUCUGGAGCCAACUGGUAUUCAUGGAAGGUCGCAGGUCCUGGUGGUCGUGGAUGUCAUCCAGAGCUCUAUUCUUCAAGAAAAGACACAAGUGCUAAAGGUGAUCGAGGAGGUGGAGGUGGUGGUUUCUAUAAGGACGGAUUGACCGGUGAUCAAUGUGUUGGAGGCAAGAGUUUCCUCAAUGGAGGUGAAGGUGGUACUUAUAGCAAUAGUUGUGGUGCCAACGGAGGAUUUGGUGGAGGUGGUGGAUCAUUGUAUGAAGGAGGAGGUGGUGGUGGCUACUGUGGUGGUAUUUGUGUGCUACAAAACGAUUACUCCAAUAGACAUGAAGACGAUGGAGCUCUUUCAUUCAAUGAUGGUGUUGAUCAGGAGGAACAGGCCGAUGUUAAUGACUCUGAUGGUUUCGUAAAGAUUAAUCGAGUCUUGUACACUCAUAUUAAGGAUAAGAAGGCAUUGAAGAAUGUUGUACACACUGAAUAA